UCUCUUCUGCAGCAGAAGCUCUUGAAUUGAUUCAGAGGGAGAAAAGUAUGGCUCUAAAUCCUCAACUUUUCUACAAUGGAAUGCCGGUUCCAUUCAUCAACGAGAUGUUCGUCCUGGGUAGAGACGGCGUCGAAUUUGAGAUCGACAAGAUCCCCGGCACUCAAGGUGGAACGGUGAAAGCAAAGGGAACUAUCUACUUGUCAAAUAUCCGCAUAGUGUUUGUUGCAAAGAAACCUGUUGGCCAUCUUUUUGCAUUUGAUAUGCCUCUGCUUCAUGUUCAUGGUGAGAAAUUCCACCAGCCAAUUUUCCACUGCAACAACAUUGCUGGUCAAGUGGAACCUGUUGUGCCCGAUACUGAGCAUAGGGCUCUUUACUCGACUCAUUCUUUCAAGAUUCUGUUCAAGGAUGGCGGCUGUGGAACAUUCGUCCCACUCUUCUUCAACUUGAUUGGUUCUGUCAGACAAUAUAACCAGCACCUUGCAGCACAGCCUCGAGUGGAUCCUCUCCUAGCAGCCCAAACUCCUGUGGACGAGAUGAUGAGACAAGCAUACGUUGAUCCUAGCGACCCCACUAGAAUUUUCCUGCAGCAGCCAAAUGCAGAGUCUCAGUUGAGACGCCGCACUUACCAGACAGAUAGUAGUGAAAAGCCAAUAGAAUUCAUGAAGUGACACGGUGCAAGCCUCGUCUCAGCCACAGCUGGUACGCAGUCAUAUGGAAUGUGUCGUAACUCCGAGGCACAGCAGACCACCUGAAGUGCUUCCUAACCACACACAAGUUGCGAUAGAG